AUGGUAUUCCACGGCCGCCCAUCGAGAGACUGUGCUCCUUGUAGAAGGAGGAAGAUUCGCUGCGACUUAGUUUCUACGGGCUGUUCUCAGUGUCACAGAGCUAAACUAACCUGUCACGGGUACCGCAGCUCCAAUGAGUUGGUCUUCCGUGACGAGACUCGGAAUACCAUGCAAAAGGUAUUGGCCCGCCGAACAGCCAGUUGGCUACACUCCGCACCUCAAUUUAGUUCCGAUAUAUCGGCUCGACAUGCAUUCCUGUCCCUCUACAUUGAUGCUUACUCACGUGGCUUCUACACCUUGCAAUCCCUCCUGACGGAUUCAGGCCCCAACGGGCAUCUGCAAGUCUCUGUUGAUGCAGUCAGCUUGGCCUUCAUGGCAUUCCAAUUGAAUCGUCAAGACUUGAUACCUCUUGCAAACCAACGUUACUUGGCAGCCAUACGAAGCCUUAGGAUGGCCAUGCGAUCCUCGCUGCAAGCGGAAAGUACUACAGCCAACCAUCCACUCAGCGACGAGACCCUUCAAACUGUACUCUUACUAGACCUUUAUGAGAAAAUGGCUUACCAACAUCACCAACUAUCAGAGGUCCCAGGAUCUUGGCUAAGCCAUGUCCAGGGUGCGCUCUCCAUAGUCCGAUCUCGCCCAAGAGACAAGUUUUCGAAUCCGACGAUCCAACAGCUCGCCACUCGGACUGUGAUUGCUCUCACAUUAAGCUGCGGUACCGCAGAGAUGCCUAUACCGGAAGCAUUGAUAGGUCUCUACCAUGAUCUAGGCUGUUACGUACGGAGCGCCAAGUGGACCUUUAUCGGCCUCUUGAUCACUCUUGUCAACCUUCGUGCCGACAUGCGUAACGGCAAAUUAGACUCGAGCGAUAUUGUGAGGCGCGCACGAGACUUGCACGAUGAAUUUUCUCAUGCUGAAAGCAAGAUACCGCGCUCUUGGCGGCCACACCGGAGAGAUACAUCUGAAGCCGUUGUCUUUGGCCGCUACUACGACGUCUAUCCCGGCCACUACGCGACUCAGGUUUUCAACGCAUACCGUAUCAUGCGUCUUGAUGUCUGCGAUAUCAUUCAGACGUUUGGCCCUACCACCGAAGCUGCUGAGACCAUCACGGAAGUGACUGAAGCAAUCUGCGCCGCUGUUCCUCAAUUCAUACUUCCGGCGGCCAGGUCUCAGAAUACACUUCCUCUUUCGCCAUUACAGAUACUGGAGUGCUCAGGUGUAUUAACGCCGUUAUAUGCAGCUGCGAGAAAUACAAAAGAUUCUGUGAUGCGUGCUUGGAUUCUACGGACGUUGAAGUAUAUGGCUGAUAACGGCGUGAAGUUGGCCCAGAGUGUAGCUCAUGUUAUCAUGUUCUUACCAGAGGUGGACUACUGGGCUGUCUUUAGAAUGGUCGGUAACUGUGCUAUUACAGCAUGA